AUGACUACACCCGCUGAACGGGCACAAUUGCUCACACCCGCCGCCGUCGAGGCCGCAUACGGUCUGAUCCAGCCAUAUGUGCACCGCACCCCAUUGCUAACAUGCAAGACUCUCGACUCCAUCGCUUCAACCCCGCAAUCCUCCGAAUCCCUCGUCGGCACUCCAUUUGAGGGUCAAUCACCCGCCCGCCCAAAGUUCCGCCUUUUCUUUAAGUGCGAGAACCUACAGCGAAUCGGUGCUUUCAAGGCUCGGGGUGCUUUCCAUGCGCUUCUACGGUUGAUUGAGGAACGCGGGGAGGAAGAAGUGAAACGGCGCGGGGUGGUUACCCACAGUUCUGGAAACCAUGCACAAGCCCUCGCUCUCGCCGCCUCAACACUCCAUGUCCCCGCCCACAUCGUGAUGCCGAGUAUCAGUACUUCGUCCAAGAUCGCCGGCACCCGCUCCUACGGAGCGGAAGUCAUUUUCAGUGGCUCGACAAGCGUGGAGCGAGAAGCCGUCGUUGCAGAGGUACAAGCCAAGACAGGUGCCAUUCUAGUCCCACCGUACGACGACUUCAAUAUCAUCUGUGGACAGGGCACAACGGCGUUGGAGCUGGAAGCACAAUAUACGGAACAAGUCCGAUCAGGGACUCUCGAUGCCGUGAUCACGCCUGUUGGCGGCGGCGGUCUUAACUCGGGCGUGGCCACCUUCUUCUCCAACAAGUCGACUCGUGUCUUUGGUGCGGAGCCUGCCUUUGAAGGCGCGGAUGACUGUCGGCGUGGACUGCAGGCUGGAGAGCGUGUGUCCAAGGUUUCGACGCUGACGAUUGCCGAUGGUCUGCGGACGCCGGUUGGAUUGCUCAAUUGGGAGGUCAUCUCCAAUAAGCGUAAGGUGGAGGGUGUGUUCGCCGUCACGGAAGAGCAAAUCAAGGCAACCAUGCGCCUGGUGCUGGAGCGCAUGAAGGUCGUGGUGGAGCCGAGUGCCGUCGUUGGUCUGGCGGUUUGUCUUUUCGAUGAAGAAUUCCGGAAGCGUGUCGAACAAGAGGGCGGCGAGAAGGGCUGGGACAUUGCGGUCGUAUUCAGCGGAGGUAAUACAACUGUAGAAGCUAUUUCCAAGUUGUUUGGCUAA